AUGGCGACUUUGGCGGAGAAGCUUGAGAAGAUCAAGUCCCCCAAGCUGCAGAAUCAGCACCAUGUAGGUUUCAUCGCUGCCGCCCCGCUCAAACCAAAUCUAAUCGAUUUUCCAUGCAAGACUGCUGUGGUGCUUUCUGCGGUAGAGGAUACUCUUCGCGACCAAAAGGCCGACUUUUCUCCAACCGCCUAUUUCGCAGCUCUACUUGCACUCCUCUCACAAUCGCUUUCAGCCGAGCAAGGAAUUGUCAACAAGGACCUGGCCACUUCCGUUGUCUACUUACUCGACAUCACAACCGCCUACGUGCCAGCUCCCAUCCUUCGAUCUAAAUUUUCUCAGAUCUUGACCAGCCUCGCCCCAGCUCUAUCCCUUCCAGAGGUGGAGGCCCCGCUUCUUCGCCCCUCGAUUGGCUGCCUCGAAUCACUACUGGUCGCCCAAGACACCGCAUCAUGGAACCUCCCCCACACACAGAUUGGCCCGCGCCGUGCCACGGCUGGUCUGCUCAGUCUAUCUGUAGACCACCGGCCUAAGGUGCGGAAGCGCGCCCAGGAGGCGCUGAUCAAGGUGCUGAAGGAACCCCCGCCCAGUCCUUCUCUCGACCACCCUGCUGCAGAUAUGUGCGCUGAAUCUGCCAUGAAGACGCUUGGCGACAGCAUCACUGCUGCGGGCAAGCAGAAGAAGGGCCGCCAUGAUGCGCACAAUCGUGAUAACCACGAGCCUCUGGUCAUUCACUCGUUGCAGCUUGUUAAGACCAUUGCGUCUGCUUCCGGCGGAUGGCCGAGCAAGAAGAUUGAAGCGCUCUGUGAGCUGCUCAUGAAUGCUUCGCGCUCGACCAACGAGUAUAUCACAAUGGGGGCUUUCGAGGUCUUCGAGGUCAUCUUCGAGGGCAUGGCGGACGAGUUCUCGUCCUCGAAGCUGCCCCGCCUCUUGGAGGCUAUCUCGGAACUCAAGCCUGCGCAGAACGACUCACAGCUUCUUCCCCCUUGGAUUGCCGUGCUUUCCCGUGGAUACGAUGUGUCAGCCCAGAUUAGCCCUGAGGAUACAUUCCAGAAGCUGCCGGAUCUUUUUAAUCUGAUUGCUGGUUUCUUAGCUUCUCCUUCCCACAACAUCCGUGUGUCAGCCUCGGAGUGCCUAAUCUCGUUCCUGCACAACUGUAUUCCUAAUAGUGUCAUCUUGGAGCCCUCGGUGUAUGACGAAAAGACCCUGGAGAAGAUCGCUCGAGCAGCUGCGGAUUUGUUGUCCGUCAAGUACCAGGCUGCUUGGAUGGAGGUCUUCAAUGUUUGCUCCGCUUUGUUCGAUUGCUACAAAUGGCGAUCGAGCCCAUUCCUCGUGGGUAUUGCGUCAACUAUUGGCGAACUGCGUACCAACGAAUCUUUCCACGGCAAGAAAGAGGCGGAUGCUGUUCUUGGAAGUGCCAUUGAGGCCAUGGGACCGGCUGCCGUGCUCGAAAUCCUGCCACUGAACAUCAUCGAUCAGAAGAACGGUCAGCCUGGUCGUGUCUGGAUGCUGCCUGUUCUGCGCGACAAUGUCACGAACACUGAUCUGCGCCACUUCCGCUCAGAAUUUGUACCUCUCAGCGAGGCUCUGUACCAGAAAAUGGAGGCUUUCAAGGCUGCCGAGAAGGCCGUCGAAGUCAAGAUCUUUGAGACCCUGGUUCAGCAGACCUGGGGUAUUCUUCCCGGCUACUGUGAGCUGCCUCUUGAUCUUGUUGAGGCCUUUGAUCAAUCCUUCGCGGAGCUCUUGUCUAAUGUUCUGUACAAGCAGACUGAGCUGCGUGUUGAUAUUUGCCGUGCCUUGCAGAAUCUUGUAGAGUCGAACCAGGCAAUUCUGUCGGUGGAGGCUGAUGAGGAUGAUUUGAUCUUGCAGCGCCGUAUCACUAAGGCUGCUGCCAAGAAGAACAUUGCUCAUCUGGCUGGAUUUGCCAGCAACCUGCUUGCUGUGCUCUUUAACGUCUACAGCCAGACUCUCCCUCACCACCGUGGAUACAUUCUGCAGUGUAUCAAUGCUUAUUUGAGCAUCACACCCGAGCAGGAACUGAAUGAUACUUUCUCUCGCGUUACUUCGAUGCUCGAGUCAUCGUUGGCUGUCGAGCAAAACAACCCAGUGAAGCAAGAUGCACAUGAUAAGAUGCCACCAACGUCUCACACACUGAUUGACUUGGUUAUUGCCAUGUCAAUCUACCUGCCUCGUACCAGCUUUGCCGGCCUUUUCGCCAUGGCAGCAACUAUUCUCAAUGGGUCUUCCGCCAACCCAGACCAACAGCUUAUCAAGAAGGCCUACAAGCUUAUUCCCCGUCUUGCUUCAACAGAGACCGGAAGCGCUGCUCUUCAGGAACGUAGUGGAGAGCUUCAGGCUCUGUUACUUGCCACCACCGACAAGACCCCUGCGUCUGGCCGCCGAGACCGUAUGCUGGCCAUUCACGAACUCGUCACUCACCUACCCACCUCCGAUCUCCACUUCAUUCCAUCCAUCCUUUCAGAGGUAGUCUUAGGGUGCAAGGAGAGCAACGAAAAGGCGCGCACUGCUGCAUUCGACCUGCUCAUCCACCUCGCCAAGCGUACCAUCGACGAAGAGCGUAACCCACCUGGCACCGUUAUCCGCAACUCCCUUGUUCCGCACAUGCCAGACGACUCUCCAGAUGCCCCAGCCAACAUCGAAGAGUUCUUCACCAUGGUCUCCGCUGGUCUUGCUGGUUCCUCCCCACAUAUGGUUGCUGCAUCGGUGACUGCGCUCUCACGACUCUUCUUUGAGUUCCAGAAAAGCCUACGUCCUGAAGUCGUCAGCGAUCUCGUCCAAACAAUCGAGCUCUUCCUCACUAGCAACAACCGUGAAAUUGUCCGCUCAGUCCUCGGGUUCGUCAAGGUUGCCGUCGUCGUUCUCCCCGACGAGGUCCUGCGUCCCCGUCUCUCAAGCCUGGUCCCCAACCUCAUGGCUUGGAACAAGGAGCACAAGGGCCGCCUCCGCAGCAAGGUAAAGGGUAUCAUUGACCGACUUGUCCGCCGCUUUGGUGCUCCACUCAUGGAGAGCCUUGUCGGCGAGGACGAUCGCAAACUGGUCGUCAACAUCCGCAAGCAGCGCGAGCGCAACAAGCGUAAGAAGAAGGAGGGCGCAGCCGAUGAUGAGGACGAGGAAGACGGGAAACCCACGCACCAAACUCCUAGCAACGCCUUCGACAAGGCCGUCUAUGGCUCCGACUCGGAUGACUCGGAUGACGAUUUCGACGACGACGCCAGCGAGAUCGACGUCGACGAUGCGGGGCAGCCAGUAUAUCCGCGAGACCUCCCCGAAGAUAACCCGCUGGAUCUGCUGGCUCCUGAUGCGCUGGCUAAUAUCUCGACUACCAAGCCCAAUCUCCGAUUCCUCAACAUGCCUGGCUCGAAGCGUAAGCGGGCGGCCAAGGUCGAUGCUGACGGCAAGCUGCUGCUCGGUGAAGAUGAUGGCGAUGAUGUCGAGAUGGCUGGUGCUGCUGACGGUCCCGCUGGCAUCAAUGCCUACCUUGCUGCUGUGAGUGGGCCCGAUGCUGUUCGCCGUGGACAGAAGGGUAAGGUGAAGAUGGGCCAGGCGAAGAAGAAGGGCGGUGACUCGAUGGAUCUGGACGAGGAUGACGUGGAAGAUGUGCGGAAGAGCCAGGGCCAGCACUCUGGUCGGCGUGGUCUCGGCGCUGCGAAGACUCCUGGUGCUCCUGGUGGAGGCCGGAUUGAAAAGCGUCGCAGCCCCGGGAAGAGUGGCCGCGGUGGUAUUCGGCGUGGUGGAGGUGGUGGUGGCGGCCGUGGUCGUGGUCGCCGGUAA